CCACCUCAACAAGGGAAACUUUAUUGUUCCUGUGCUGCGGUGCCGACGAGGAUGUCGGUGAAUUAUGCAGCCGGGCUGUCGCCGUACGCGGAUAAGGGCAAGUGUGGGCUGCCCGAGAUCUUCGACCCCCCGGAGGAGCUGGAGCGGAAGGUAUGGGAGCUGGCAAAGCUGAUGUGGCAGUCCUCCAGCGUGGUUUUCCACACGGGCGCCGGCAUCAGCACCGCCUCUGGCAUCCCCGACUUCAGAGGCCCCCACGGCGUGUGGACCAUGGAGGAGCGUGGCCUGGCCCCCAAGUUUGACACCACCUUCGAGAGCGCCCGGCCCUCGAAGACCCACAUGGCCCUGGUGCAGCUGGAACGCAGGGGCUUCCUCAGCUUCCUGGUCAGCCAGAACGUGGAUGGGUUGCACGUACGCUCCGGCUUCCCCAGAGACAAGCUGGCUGAGCUCCACGGAAACAUGUUCAUAGAGGAAUGUCCCAAGUGUAAGAUGCAAUACGUGAGAGACACAGUCGUGGGCACCAUGGGCCUCAAGGCCACAGGCCGGCUCUGCACGGUGGCCAAGGCACGGGGACUUCGGGCUUGUAGAGGGGAGCUGAGGGACACCAUUCUGGACUGGGAGGACUCGCUGCCUGACCGGGACCUGAUGCUCGCUGACGAGGCCAGCAGGACCGCAGACCUGUCAGUCACCCUGGGCACCUCGCUGCAGAUCCGCCCCAGUGGGAACCUGCCCCUUGCCACUAAGCGCCGGGGAGGUCGUCUGGUCAUUGUCAAUCUGCAGCCCACAAAACACGACCGCCAGGCCGACCUGCGCAUCCAUGGCUACGUAGACGAGGUGAUGAGCAAACUCAUGAAGCAUCUGGGCCUGGAGAUCCCCACCUGGGAGGGACCCUGCGUGGUAGACAAGGCCCUGCCGCCCCUGCCGCGCCCUGCUGCACCCAAGGCUGAGCCCCCUGUGCAUCUCAACGGCUCAGUGCACACUGUGUAUAAGCCAGAGCCUGACAGCCCUGUACCCCAGAGGCCCCCCAAAAGGGUGAAGACCGAGGCUGUCCCCUGCUGACCCGAGUGCAUGGAACAAGAGAGGUGCUUGUACGAACCACACAUGUUGGGGUUUUUCUGUUUUGUUUUCUUUUUUUUUAUGUGCUGGGGACCGCACGCAGGCUUGCACAUACUGUACCACGCCUUUUCGGACUUUUCUUUGAGACCUGGGCUCUCUAAGUCACUCAGGCUGCUCUUGAACUCAUUGCUAUAGCCCAGGCUGGCCUGGAGCUGGUGCCCUUUGCCACACAGCCUCCACAGUAGCAAGGAUCCCAGCACAGCUCCUUCCAGGCCUCACUGUGUCUCUUGUCCAGGUCCCUCCAGGGAAUCUCGGGAUACAGGGAGUCCCACACAGAUGCAGGAGGCCACGUCCCAGGGCUGGGAUUCACACCCCCUUGUGACUCAGGAUGUGCCCAGAGCGGCAUCCACACACUCCACCCCACCCACCUUGACCCAUCUAUGCAUGGGAGGGACAAGGGGCCCAUCUAUGCUAAGGGCCCCAAGCUUCCAGAAGCCCCCAAUGCAAUAAACACAGAAUUCCUUUCA